AUGGCUAUCACUCGUCUAACUCUAGCUCCUCUCCUGCUCAUCGCCGCCGUGCUUCUCUCAACCGAGACAUCAGCUCAGCCGGCAGCUCCUGCUCCGGGCCCUGCUGGUCCCAUCAACCUCACCGAAAUCCUCGAGAAAGGCGGUCAAUUCAAUACUUUUAUCCGUCUUUUGAACACCACUCAAGUCGGUAGCCAAGUCAACAUUCAAGUCAAUAGCUCAUCUGAAGGCAUGACCGUGUUCGCUCCAACGGACAAUGCUUUUCAAAACCUUAAACCCGGAACUUUGAACAAGUUAAGCGCAGACGAACAAGUCAAGCUCGUUCUCUACCACGUUAGCCCCAGAUUCUACACUCUAGAUGAUCUUCUCUCUGUAAGUAACCCGGUUAGAACUCAGGCUUCUGGUCGAGACAACGGCGUUUACGGGCUUAACUUCACCGGUCAAGCUAACCAAGUCAAUGUAUCAACCGGUUAUGUGGAGACACGUGUUAGCAAUGCGUUGAGACAACAAAGUCCUCUCGCAGUUUACGUUGUCGACAUGGUUUUGUUGCCAGGUGAGAUGUUCGGAGAGCACAAGCUUUCGCCGAUUGCUCCUGCCCCAAAAUCUCCGUCGUCUACUGGGGUUUCCGAUGACUCAAACUCCACGAAAAAGGCGGCUGCCUCGCCAGCUGAUAAAUCUGGUUCCUCUGAGAGGAAAGUUGGACUAGGGUUUGGUCUUGGACUUGUUGUUUUCUGUUUAAAAUUCCUCUUUUGA